CACUUCCGGCGCGCUCCCGGCGUGCCCCGCUACUGCCGGCAAGAUGGCGGACGUGCUGGAUCUUCAUGAGGCGGGCGGAGAGGAUUUCGCUAUGGACGAGGACGGGGACGAGAGCAUCCACAAGCUGAAGGAGAAGGCCAAGAAGCGGAAGGGCCGCGGCUUCGGCUCAGAGGAAGGAUCCCGCGCUCGGGUGCGCGAAGAUUACGACAGCGUGGAGCAGGACGGGGACGAGCCGGGGCCGCAGAGAUCCGUGGAGGGCUGGAUCCUCUUUGUGACAGGGGUGCACGAGGAGGCCACGGAGGAGGACGUGCACGACAGGUUUGCUGAAUUUGGGGAGAUCAAAAACAUCCACCUGAACCUGGACCGGCGCACUGGGUACCUCAAGGUGAGGAGGGGGCACUUUUGGGGACCCCCCCCAAGCUCCAUCUCAGCCUCCAGGGGGCUCAACGGGCAGGAGCUCAUGGGGCAGCCGGUCAGCGUGGACUGGUGCUUCGUCAGGGGCCCCCCCAAGGGCAAGAGGAGGGGCGGGCGCCGGCGGAGCCGCAGUCCGGACCGGCGCCGCCGAUGAUGGAUCCAAACCUCCUCCCAUUGAUCUUCCACCUCCAGACUGGUGGCAAACUGGGAAAACCGGGCUCUGUACACAGCCUGGAGGAGCCAAACCAGCUCCAUCCCCCUGGGGAAAUGUGGGUUUUAUGGAAUUUUAUUGUUUUCAAAGGACAGCUAUGAGGGAAGCAGCAGUUUCGGAGGGUUGGGGGGGAUUUCCCUUGGGUUUGGGGGGAUCCCUCCCAGCUCCCCAUCCCAGAAUAUCCUGGGAGGUUUUUUUUUUUCCAUGCUCCAGGCAAAUGGUUCCUAAAUCUCCCGUGCUAUUUACCCCACUGGGCAUUCCUUGUUUUGUGUCAAAUAACAAGAUUUUGUCUAAGUUUG